CACACCGCCAUGUCCGAACAACAUACCCAUAUUCCAGUCGUAUGGUUACGAUCGGCACUAAAACAAUCCUCCCAGCCGGGUUCACCCUGCUUGCACCCGUCAUCCUCCAUGCCGUCGUCGCCACUUCUGUCCCCUCUUCCCUCCUCAUUCCUCACACUACCGGCGUCAACAUCGCGACUGCCACCCCUCUCGUCCUCUUCGACGUCGCUCUCGCGGUCCCCGUCAGUGAACAUGCAGCAGAACACGGCUCAAUCCGUCGCCGGACAAGGUUACACGCCGAAAGUGUCGUUCGACACAUUCGAAAAUCCCGCCGCGUCCAUGUUCUCAUUUACCCUGCACGUGCAAUCAGAUGGAUACGCUAGGAGCAGGGCGACGAGGGUAUUUCUUUGUGCAUCGAGUCCAGACGAAAGCGGACGUUACGCCCUUGACUGGGCGCUGGAGAGUUUGGUGCAGGACGGGGAUGAGUUAAUCGUAUUCAGAGGUAUCGACCCAGAGGAUUUAGAGAAGGAUCACGAAGUCGUUCGAGAGGAUGCCCGUGAACUCAUGCGUCAGAUUCAGGAGAAAUGUAUUGAGUACGAUCCAGAGCGGAAGCUCUCCAUUAUCGUCGAGCUUAUUGCUGGCAAAGUCACUACAACCCUUGAGCGGUUAAUUGCUCUGUACCGCCCAGACUCGAUCGUGGUGGGCACGAGAGGCCAGCGCGGCAUGAUGCAAGCCUGGGGUGCGGCGUUCGGUGCGCCAGGUGUGGGCAGUGUGUCAAAGUAUUGUCUCUCGAAUUCUCCCGUACCCAUCAUCGUCGUUCGCCCGGAGAGAAAGGUCAGAAAAGUACUAGCCAAGAGACGAGCCGAUCCAAAGAGAGGUACUCAUUUUGACGAGCUUACGAGGGCGAAGACGCAGAACAUACAGAGUAUUCCGAUGUCUCCUUCUGUCACACGAGCGUGAUAGAUUUCGUUUGUUUAUUGUGCUGCGAUAGUUGUACACUUUUACUCUGUACCCAUAGUCACCCUGUAUUUCUAAUGCCUGAACGGAAGUCUCAAUGUAUGGUUCAAAUUGAUUUACCAUGGAAAAGUU